AGCAGAUAAUCGUUCCAGCAGAUCGGCUCGCUGCUAAACUAAAAGAACUCCUGCUUUUCGCUCCUUUACUAUGAAGUUCUUAACUGCCUUUCUGGUUGCAGUGGUCGUAGGACCUUUAACCGGUAAAUUGAACCAUCUUUUUACAGCCGUCUUAAGACUACGAUUAUCUUUCUUAAUACCUUAAGGCUGCUGUUAUUCACUCAGUCGACAUAUGAAUUUUACGACUAUUUACGGAUUCUUAGCAUAUCGCUCAAGUCGGUUGCAAAAUCACAAACUAAACUGAAAUUACUUGCAGGAUAUAUCCAUAUUCUAAAUUCGCAAGAUUAAAUUACCGUUACUAAAAGAGAUAUUAACAAUCACUAAAAAAGACUUUCUUUGGACAAGAAUUUUGAUUUAAGAGUUUUAAGUGUUUUUAUUAAAAUAUUUUAAAUAUUUUAAACUCUCAGAUGUAACUUAAUUAGUAUAGAGCAAUACCUCUAACUUCAGUCGAUAAAAACGAUAAAAUUAAAUUAAUACUAGGCCGGUAUCACACAUUCAAAGCCGCACUGAUUUUUUUUUAUAUUUGAUCGUUGCCCUUCACUAAAGGUGACAGAAAUAUUUUUGUGUGUCCUUCUUUUAUAGUAAUGGGUUUACAGUGUUACAGGUGCGUAAGUAAUAAAUCUAAAGAAGACUGCGCUUCUCAUGCGGUUAAAACCACGUGUCCUAGUGAUCUGGCAAACGCCGUCUGUGCUGAAGGGGACAUACUGAUUGAAAGUGGAGCGAUUUCUAGCCACAUUUUCCUGAAAGGUAAGUCAUUUGCGUUGUGACACAAAAGAAUCAAUUUGGCAAAAUUCAGGGACGUUUCGUUUUCUACCAAUUUUCCUUUUUUGAAUAAUGAAAGGUGUAAUGAUCUCGAAAUCACCCCUAAAUAUUUUGAUUUUCACAACCACCACUAAUUUCGUUUAAAUGGGACGAGAACAUCGGCAACUUUCUUGUAAGAAGCACCCUAAAAUCUCAUUAACAACCUAAGACUUUUAUAUAAUGAGAGGCCGCGCAAACGAUGCAAGACCUGUCUUUUCAUUCACGGUGGGGCCCAACCAAAGCUUAAAAGAAAUCAUUAAGGCUGAAUUUACGUUUCUUUUUCAUCACUUUGUUUGACGCAAAAAUGUCAAAUUAUGACGUCUCACCGGCUGACGUCACAAAAAUGGUUUAAAUGAAUAUUUUAAUUUCAAUAAAGUCAAACUUAUAUCAUCUCAAAGAGAUUUAGAGGGGGAGUACAACACUAAAAACCGUUUCUUCCUACGACACAUAAACUCGAGUUAUGGCCAUGGGACUGCUAAGAUAUUAAUUUAAGUGACCCACUGAAACCGUAAUUUUCCUUUAAAAAAAACGAUCCGUAUCAUUUUUCAAAAAUAAGCUAAUUUUCCUGUAACAUAAAUCGCAUCAUUUUAGUUUUUUUUUUUUUGGACUUAAAAACGCUAAUUUCAGAAAAACAAAAAAACGCACAUGACAUUUUAUGACGUCACAAAACUUUUUUGGGCUUUUUGGGCGGUAGGGAAUCUUAGUUUUCAAAAUUUCUUUGUUCCUUUAGCUUUUGACAAUAAAGAUGUGUUGUGUUUGUUCUAAAUAGCAAUGGCGACACGAGAAUAUAACGUUUACAUUUGGACUAAUUUUACAAGGGAGUACCCGUUUUUGUAGUACGAAUUUAUUCAAAGUCAAAAUGUCAAAUCUCAGCUCCUAUCUGAGACUUUGGGAACAUUUUUCACCUUUCAACUUCCCCUGAAUAGUUCUUUUAAAAAUGUUAUAAAAAAAAUUGGGAGAUUUACAAGUUUAGAUCUUAAGUAUGAAUGACGUCAGCAAAUAUGACGUCAUAAUUUGACAUUUUGGUGUCAAAAUAUAUGGUAAUUUGACUGGCUGAUAUUUCUUAUUUUCAGGCCAGGUGAAUUAAAGUAAGGGUUGAAGCCAACAAAGUGUUCUUUUUAUGGAAAUGAUGUUAAUAAACCAUUAUAAAUUAUAUUAUUAUUAUUAUUAUUAUUAUUAUUAUUAUUAUUAUUAUUAUUAUUACUAUUGUGAAUGAACCAAAUUACCACUCUUUGAUGAUCCCUUCGUGACGUGACUUGGCCCCGUCGUUUUUAUAAUAACAACGUCAAGGACAAAAUUUCGGGACUAAAAGGUUUCUUUCCAGAUUUGAGACGUUCUUUUGUAUACGUUCUAUGUGUUAAAUAUACCCCCGUUUGCCUGUGGAAUGUUUUUACGUAAAAUUUAAUGGCAGAGUUAAUGACUUGAGAUGGAAUCUUUGAUGGAAUCUUCCCCAUUUCAAAGUCAGAGAGGCACCUUAGUAUGAGUUAGAUCCUGUAAAUGCCAUGUUUUUGAACUGUUUGUGUUCGCGCAUAUUUUUGGAAAAUAGCAGAGUUUACUUUCCCUUUUUAUCAACGGACUGUUUAUAGUGGAGUAGUAUACCAAUGAUGCUUGGUUCUGUUUUUCUCGACGACGCAGUGAUUCGGCACGAUCGAACAAUUUUGCGCGAUAAUGUAUGUUUCCCCAAGAUCAAAAUAAAGACUUGAUCUCUCUUGUUCUAUCAGCAUCUAAAUUAUAAAAUCAAUAGCGACAGACACGUCUAAUUGUUAAUGAUUUGAAACAGUCUUGGUCUUUAUCUUCGGUCUAGCGUCUUUUGUAGCUCGUUUGUAAAAUACAACUUCGAUUUAUUUUGUUGAAUAAGACAAUAAUUAUGUUGUUGUUGAAUUUUUGUUUGCGCUCUAUUUUAUGAAUGGCAUGCGUUUUUACUUCAAAAAGGGAAGUAAAAUUGCCGUCACAAUUUUAAUAGAAUUUUGACAGUUGAAAGUAAUUUGCAUAACCUCAGAGCGCAUGCUCUCCAGCUGACAUAGCCCCUUUAAUGAUUUACGAUAUCUAUUCAUUUAAUUUCGAUUAAUUGAUUGUGCUCCAUCCAAAGCCUGUGCUGAUCCAAUGAAACAGCCGACCAUCUGUAACCAAGAGGGAGUUAAAUGUAACAUUGAAUACUGUGACGGUGACUUAUGCAAUGGCGCAGAUGAUGGAGAAGGAGAAGAAGAAGGUGUGUUAGAAUAAAGAGCUUAUCGUUUAAUUCUCGGAAAAUCUCGCUGAUCCACCAGGUUUGAAAUUUAAAAAAACUCAAAACAAUUUUCAAGAUAUAAAAGCCGUUAUACUUAAUCAGCAUCUUUUCAGUGUCACUUUUCCUUGCCCUGGGGAGUUUCUUUCUGUAGCGGACAAACAUAAAGGUUUUUAACGGACUAAUAUUAUACUGGUACACACCAAUCUCAGAAGGUUCAGCUCAGUAGCCUAGCUUAACCUUACUAUCAGCAUCCCGAUGAAGUUAUUUAAAAUAUUUUUGCCUUAAAUACGACACUAGAUUUAUUCGCUUUACAUAACAAAGCUAGCACGUGAUAUCAUUGUUCAUGGAGUCAUCGUCCUGUGUAGGUGGUUCAGCAGAGAUCUUCUCUUGUAAUCAAUGCCUUAGCGACACCUCUAUUGACGAUUGCAUUAAGAACCAAAAGGAAGCAGUAUGCCCAGCUGGCAUUGAUCGAUGCGCCAUGUUGGAAUAUCAUUCCCCAUCAUCUGGGACUACCAUCGCCAAAGGCUGUAUCCCGGAGGACAGUUGUCGGCGUCAGUGCGAGGGCUUACUUCCACCAGGAUCGUCUUCCAGUGACGUUCACUGCAAAUUAUCUUGUUGUGAGACUUCAAUGUGCAAUUAA